AUGGCACACGAAAAACAACCGUUGCUUCCAACAUAUGAAAGGGAAGAACAAAGGAACAACUAUAGAGACGUGGGCAAGUCAGUCAAGCGCAAACUCCUAGGUGUAAUUGCUAGGUAUCUAUUUAUAGUUAUCGUCACGUUGCUUUUCGCUUUUUUAGUAGUUCAACUUUCAACAAGAGAUUAUUUAGAACAUUCCACUUUUGAGGUUACGAGUUUAUAUCCGACAGGUUUGACGAAAGAUAAUGAUAUUAGAUUUUCUUGUUCAAUGAGAAUCAAAUUCAACAAUAAUUUUGAGUAUGAUGGAGAGAGAAAGUUCGAUAAUUUUAUUAAUGAGAAAUUUGUGAAAGAGCUUAAAAUAAGACUUAAUAAAGGAAAAAUAUACAAUGCUCCGGCAACGCACCACCACGAAAAUAAUAUACAUGGAGAACAUGGUGAGGGAUUAUUAGGUGCCAUAUACGUCGAUGACCAGCCCCCAUUAGUAUUAAGUGGUAGUAAUUAUCAGACAGUUAAAUUUCACGGUAUCAUAAAACCAGAAAAUGAUAAUCUUUGGGACACUAUAAAACAUUUUAGAAAGACCAAUAUUUGGAUCUUCGCCGACAUUACCUUAAUCAGAAGUCUUAAAUUCUGGGAAUCUUUCCCAUUAGUUAGACAUGGACGUGUAUAUAUUAAAAUAUAA